GGGGGAUGGACGACGAUGGAGGCCUCAAUUUCGAUUUCGAGGGAGGAUUGGAUGCUGUCACGGCGGCGAGCGGCCAAGCGCCGCCUCCGCAGGCCAUGGGCGGCCUUGGAGGCGGCGCUGUGCAGGGGCAGGGGAUGUCGAUGGCGCCGCGCGGUCCGGUCAGGCGUAGCUUCAGGCAGACGGUGUGCCGGCACUGGCUGAGGGGAUUGUGCAUGAAAGGGAACGAUUGCGGCUUCCUCCACCAGUAUGACAAGUCGAGAAUGCCGCUGUGCCGAUUUUUUGCGAGGUUUGGGGAGUGUAGAGAGCCGGAUUGUAUCUACAAGCACAGCACCGAGGACAUCAAAGAAUGCAACAUGUACAAGCUUGGAUUCUGUCCCAAUGGACCAGAGUGUCGGUAUCGACACGAGAAGCUGCCCGGGCCGCCACCUCCGGUGGAGCAACACUUGUCAAAGUUUCGGUAUCAGCCCCAUCAAAAGCAGCAGCAGCAACACAUGAAUUCGGACACGCCCCCUCUUCGUCCUCCGAUGAUGCAGCAACAAGGAGGCUACGAUCAUCAAAAUGGAGGACCGAAUGGAGGGAAGCCUCGAAAGAUGAUGUCGGCCUCGAAUCCACUCCCGUAUGGCUUCUCGAGAGAGUUUGCAGCUCAAAGCAGGUAUUUCAUAGUUAAGAGUAGCAAUCGAGAGAACCUUGAGCUGUCCGUUCGACGCGGGGUGUGGGCUACGCAUAGAAAUAACGAGGCAAAGCUCAACGAAGCUCUUGAAUCUUGUGAACAUGUGAUUCUUAUUUUCUCAGUUAAUGAAACUCGUCAUUUUCAAGUAAGUUCUUUGUCGACUUUUUUUCCAUCUCUUUUUCAUGAUCCAUUCGUCUCUUUGAGAAAUCAACACAAGCUUUGUUGUGUGUUUCUUCUCCGGCUUUGCUGCUCACAGGGGUGUGCCAGGAUGAUGUCCAAAGCCGGAGGUGCUGCUCAUGGAACUGCGGGAUGGAAGCAAUCGCACGGGAUGGGCAGCUAUGGUCGAAACUUUCGUCUCAAGUGGCUCAAGUUGUGCGAGCUAUCCUUCCACAAGACGAGACACUUGCACAAUCCAUACAACGAGAAUCUCCCAGUCAAGAUAAGUCGAGACUGCCAAGAGGUCGAACCAUCUGUUGGACAAGAGCUUGCAGAGCUCCUCUAUCUGGAACUCGACAGCAAUCUCAUGGCUGUUGCGAACGAGUCUGAGGCCGAGCGCGAAGAAGCUCCUCCCGACGCUGAAGAACACCACGAGACGCUGGAGAUGGGACGUUUUGGAGCGCUGCCACCACCGUUUCCAGCCGCUUUCAUGGGAUAUGGACGGCCACCGAUGUUUCUACCACCACUUCCACCAGCACCGCUGCUCCAGCAAAUGUGGAGGCCGAGCGAGAAAGAGGCGAGUGGUGAACUGAGCGAAGACGAGGCUCCUCGAAGGUCCGAAGAUGAAAACCGCAAGAGGAAGCGCAUAGACAAUUGAGUGAUCUCACCGAUAGUUUUAGCGACCAAGUCGACUUAACACCAUUUUGUCAACAAAAUCUUUUCUUUUUUC